GACGUGUGAUGUUUCGUGUUGCAGGGAAGCGUCUCAAGAUGUGCAGCGGGGAGACCACCUGCUGUACACAGAUGAUGGAAAGUAAACUGAGUGUGGAGAGUCGACAGGAGUUUGACACCAACCUCAAGAACCUGCUCAAUCCUAUGGCCAUACUCCUGGCUAAGAAGAAUGUUAAACUAAAUGAGGUGUUUGGUAAGCUGCUAAAUAACAGCAGGAAAAACUUCGACAAUAUGUUCAGCAGGACAUAUGGAAUUAUUUAUCAACAAAAUGCUUUUGUUUUCACAAAACUUUAUGACGAUCUCGAGAAAUACUUCAGCUUGGGUGAACUCGACCUUCAAGAAACAAUGGAUGACUUCUUCGAACGACUUUACCAGCGUAUGUUUACUGUCUACAAUUCACAAUACACCUUUAGUUCAAGAUAUUUACGAUGUGUGACCCGUCACAUGGAGCAACUUAAACCAUUUGGUGAUGUUCCAAAGAAGUUGACAACUCAAAUCAAACGAAGUUUUGUAGCCCUUCGAACAUUUGCUCAGGGGCUUGCAACAGGACGUGAUGUAGUGAAAAAUGUCCUCAAGGUGAACCCAAGUGUUAGUUGUGUUCACGAGCUGAUGAGGAUGACUCACUGUGCAACUUGUGAAGGUCACCAGGGGGUGGUUCCUUGCCUGUCAUACUGCCAAGAUGUUAUCAACCUCUGCUUAUCUCACCACCAGCACAUCAUAUCACACUGGAUUGCUUAUGUUGAUGCAAUGGUUAAUGUGGGAGAAAGGUUAGAGAAUCCAUUUAACAUAGAAAAUGUCGUUCAGCCAGUCAACUACAAGGUGUCUGAUGCUGUUAUGAAUUUCCAAGAAGCAGGACAUGAUAUUUCUAACAAGGUGUUUAACGGAUGUGGGCCCCCUCGUCUAGGACGUAGCAAGAGACAAGAACCAGUGAAAGGAGAACUUUCUCAAGAAUUUUUAGAUUUUAGCGCCAACAAUCGCCAAGAGAAGAAACGUGAUAAGGAGACCGAGAACAUUUCUGUCAGCAAGCAUGUUCAUGAAAUCAAAUCUAAGAUCAAGAACGCACGUGAGUUCUGGAGUGAGUUACCAACCAAGAUGUGCCGAGAUGCUGCACGUGAUGGUGCUAUGAGCUGCUGGACGGGCACCAAGCUGGGCAAGUAUGAAGGGAAGAGUGGCCUGAAUGUCACUGAGUCACCGCCCAGCUCUGAUAUGAAUGAACAAAUUAUGCGCCUCAAAGUUAUUACCAGCAAACUGCAAGAAGCCUACAAGGGUCGUGAUGUCUCAUGGAUUGAUGAUGAGUCCUGGCUGACUAAUGGUGGAAAGCAAGAUGAAGAGGCCGUAAGUGAUGAUGGAGAUGUGGUUCAAGAGGGUAGUGGCAGCGGUGAUGGUCCAACUCAUGUCAAUUAUCCACCUGAUGAUGAAGAUGCAUAUGUCAGGGGAAAUGCAAAAACAGACUCCAAAAAGCCAGCUGAUGAUUAUGUGUACGAUGAUGAUGAGGAUGACUAUCAGUUCAAUCAUCGAGGACGUGAAAAUGUAGGAUCUGGAAAUUCAUAUAAAGACUAUGAUUAUAGGUUUGAAGGUUCUGGUGGAGAUUGGAAUGGUAUGGAUGAUGAUCUUGAGGGAUCUGGUGUUUAUGGAAAAACUCAUAACCCCAAUCUCCAUAACCCAUCUCCAUAUGAUCCAUAUGAGCCACCAAGCAAGCCACACCAGCCAACAGAUCACAAUGCUCCAAAAGACGAGUCGGACCAGCCUCCUUCUGCUGCUGCCAAAGAAACCAUGUCCCUCAACCGUGCCAUCACCAUUUAUAUGUUGCCAGCUUUCAUUAUGUUCCUUGGGUCACUAGCCUAAGCCAAUGAAAGUGUGAAGCUCAGUCCCUGGGCAAUGGGUAAGCUAGUGAAGAAUCUGAAUCAGGGAGUGUCAUUGAUUUUAGAGCGGACUACGAGCACCAUCAAGGUAAUUUGGUGAUGGGUGCCAGGGGUCACUGUUCUUGGUGGCUGUGGUGCCAUGUUUGACAGUAAUGUAGGCAGGUCGGGACAGAGGUCCAGAGUAUAUGUAUCGACGCCUCAGUCUGAUUAUCAGAGAGGGAAGUCCAUAUCUCAUGUUUAGAAAGACUUUAUUAUUGCACAUUUAAGUGGAGUAACUGUAGCGUCAAGAAAGCAACUCAUACAUUUUGAUAUCCAUGUCACAAAUUUUUUUAGUUAUUGAACAGUUAAGAUAUUCAGUUUUAAGGUGUAUUAGAAGUUGUGGUAAUCUGUGAACUGUUUUGAGAAGAAAUGUGCACUCGUAAAAUGAGUGAAGGAAAUGAAAUACAGUACAGUAUAUCAGUUGAAAAAUCAAGAUGCUCCUGUGAGAGGCAUACCACUUUUGUUUUAAAGCAGUGUAUUAAGAAGAGUGACAAAGGCAAGCAUAUAAUUGACCAAGUAUAUUCUAUUGGUCAGUACAUUAUUAAAAGUGGAGAAUUAUGAUAAUAUUCCUUCCUGUGUUUGUUGUGAAAAUCUGAAGUUUGUCUUUAAUUUAUCUUGGAUUAUUGGAAAAGUAUAAAAGUGGAGUUCUCAUUACAUGCUGGAAAGAAGUAUUAUAGUUGGUAAAGCCACCAUACAGGCCACAAGGAGGGAAUGUCUACAUCUUUAUUGGUUAAAACUUGUGUCAUGAGUCUGGAUUUGUGUAGCAUUACUCACUCAAUUUUAUUUAUUAAUGUACAGUAGUUAUAUUGAAGCUUGAAAGCUAUAUCUAAUCACUUUUUUCUUUUUGGCUUUACUAAUGCUACUAUUUUAUGGUAGUUUUGGUUAAUUGGCUUGCAGCUUUCCUUAAAGGGCACAAUCCCAUUUCUUUUGUCUCUUUCCCAAAGGAAAAACUAUAAUUUAAAAUUUAACAGUUAUUAUACGGAGCCUAAAAUUCAGCUAUUUGCAUGCAAUCCCCCUUUUGUUGCUGUGAUAGGUGAGAAUAUCAAAAGUUAUCCUGGUCUCUUAAUCAAAACUAGGCCGUCCAGGCAUAAAAUCUGUUUGCUAUUCCUUUAUUUUAUAAAGCUCUUUUUCCUUGCAAUUUAUUCAAAAAGUGUAUGAACACCAUCUUGGGAUGAAUGUGUCAUGUAUCAUGCAAUAAUUUUGCUGUAUAUGUAUCCUUUUACAAGAGUGAAGAAAGUAUUGCUAAAAUCAUCUUGAUCAUUACAUUUGUCAUGUGUUAUGUUUUGUCCACGUAAAUGUGUCUUUCUUUCAUCAUUGUCAUUGUGGGAAAGUGAUUGUCUGUGGUAUAUGGUAAUCAUUAUAAUUGCAUAUAGUCAUGUUUUGGAUGCAUAAUGUAGCCCAACAAGUUGACCUCUUACCCUAGGUAUUCUGCUACAGGUAGUAGAAGCAUACAGCACAGACUGUUAUUCUUGAUGUUUGGCUGGUGGUGAUUGCCUACAUCACAGGCUGUUCUCCAGUGUUAUACGUCUUGUAUCACAAAUGAAUAGCGCAGGUUGAUGCCCUAAAUGUUCUCUAACUCUUACCAGAAGCACAGUGACAUGUGCUGUUAUAUUAAGUGUUUUGCAGCUGGUAUUGGCAGUAAAAAACAAAAAAAACAAAAACAGGCUGUAGUCUAGUUGACAUGCUGCCAAUACCGUAUGUGUUCAAGGUAUGCUGUUAUAUUCAGCAUAAUUUGGCAAGGAACAGCAAUAAAACUGUGUACAAUGUAAGGGAAUAUAAGAAAGACAGUCAGAUAUCAUUGCCUCAGUGUAAAAGUCUCCCAUCACAGUAUGGGCUUUUAUUUAUUUAUAUAUGAUUUUAUUUUAUUUAUUUAUUUUUUCAGUAAAAUCAUUACAUCUUGAUAGUUUCGGUCUAGUUCAGUCUCACUAGAUUUUCAAUCUUGAUGUUAUAGACUUCUUUAUUAUUUGUAAGUGUGCACAGAGGCUGAUCUCAAGAGCUUAGAUAUCUCUACCUCCUUAUCAUAUCCGGAUGGCCAAACAAAGUUUUCAAUCAGGUUUUUACAUACUGAAUGCUUACAAGAGGAUAUUAAACCUUAGUUUCCAGUUUUUAGAUUUACAUCAAAUUCGAAUAUGCAAAGACUGUGUAGGAUAACCUGAGAACUACCAUAUCUUCAUUAAGUCAUAGUUAAGUGGUCUGAUGGGUAUCUUAAAAUAGAGCAUUAAUAAUUCAUGCAUCAAGUGUUCCCAUUGCUCACAAGGGUAUUAAAUUAUUAAAAAACAGAACUGGAGCAUUCAGUAUGGAGGAGCCAGGUACCUGUAACAUUCCCAUCAAGCAAACUGAAGAAAACGGCAAUACAACACAAAGUGACUGAGGACUUGGAAAUUUGUCCGUUCUAAAAAAAAAAUAUAUAUAUAUUG